UAAACAAAGAUGAAAAUGACAGCAAAGAAGAAGAUCAAGAGGAGGGAAAUCACCAACAUGUCAGUGGUAACGGUAAUGAUGACAGUGACUGCUUUGUCACAGAUGAUGAUGAUGACAACAUUGAUGAAAACAACAGUGUAAAUGAGCCCAAUGAAGAGCAGGACCAAAUGAAUGUACAUAUUCGACAUGGAUUACCACCAGAGACGUUUACAAAUAGUUGCAUGUUUGCAAAUUCCUUAGCAUUUCAGUUACCUCCUUUUCUGACACCAAUGAUUGAUUGCAUUGCAACUGGCAGGCUUGUUUUUGGAGGAAGUCACCUUGUUGACAAAGAUGACCUGAAGGGUUUAUAAGGGCAUGGCAAAACAGCACAAGAAAAGUGGCUAUCAAACUUUGUAAUUGACAGGUACUUAGAACUUGGUCAAUCAAGCAAGUGCAACUACAGAAAUGGAAGUGAUCACAUGGGAGAAGUUUGAAAAAGGGGUUGGAGCAUUCCCUGUCCAACAAGUUUUGAAGGCACUUAAACCUAUUCUCAACCAGGAUAUAUUUGUUGUUCCAUGCAACACUAAUAACAGCCACCACUGGUUCCUUUUGGCAGUUCAGCCACCACUACAGUGUGUACUGGCUCUAGAUAGCAUGCCAGGUAGCUUCAUCAAGCCAACAGUUUAUAAAGCUAUUGAGAAGGUCAUUCAGUUAAUGAAAGAAAUUGAUGGCAACCUCAAGAUUGAAGAGUGGUCGUUUUAUGCCAACAAGCCUGGAGACAUCCCAAGCCAAAUAAAUGACUAUGACUGUGGUGUCUUUUCAUGCAUGUAUGCCAGAAGUCUUGUCAAUUUGAGCCCUAUGAUUUCCCUAACUGUUCACAGCAUUUCUGAUCUAAGAAGCUACAUGAUCCUUGAACUGCACAGAAAUGCUGUACCAAUUCCUCCACUAAGCAUGAAAGUGGAUGAAUAUUAUGCAGUUGACUAUGUUAGCCAUUACUAUUUUGGCAGAAUUCUGAGCAUUCAAGGCGAUUUCAUCUGAUUCAAGUUUCUACAUCCUAUUCGGCAUGGUGCAAAUGCCACUGACAGCUUCGAUUGGCCUACAAGAGAUGAUGUUGAUAAUGUUCAUAAGAAUUGUGUGUUUUAUGGGCCUGUCCAGUUAGUGGGCAAUACUCCUUUCACAGUCUUGGAGCAUGAGCAUGUUAAGAAAGUUUUCCUUUAUCUCCAGAAGAACUAAUGUAUA